GGGAGUGCGCGCUGAACUGAGCAUGUUCGCGCCCGCCAGCCAGGGCCGCAGCCACAGCCGCAGGGACGGCAGCCGGGAGAGCCACCGCGCAUUAUGCAAAACGGCAGCAGAUGUGAGCGGGGCCAGCUGGGUGCUCCUCGGCCUCCCCUCCCAACGGCCGGCCCAGCUGCCUGAAUUGUCCCGGACACUCCCCUGGCCCUCUCCAGGGCCGAGAUGGCCUGAGUACCCCAAGGCGCGGCGGCGCAGUCUUGGGGUUGAAACAUGGGGAACCAGGAUGGGAAGCUGAAGAGAAGCGCAGGUGAUGCCUCCCACGAAGGCGGCGGAGCCGAGGAUGCCGUGGGGCCCAGGGAUGCGGAAACCACAAAGAAGGCGAGCGGGAGCAAGAAGGCGCUCGGCAAGCACGGCAAGGGGGGAGGGGGCAGCGGGGAGACCAGCAAGAAGAAGAGCAAGUCGGAUUCUAGAGCCUCGGUGUUUUCCAACCUGCGGAUCAGAAAGAACCUGACCAAGGGGAAAGGUGCCGGCGACUCGCGGGAGGAUGUGCUGGACUCGCAGGCCCUGCCGAUCGGGGAGCUGGACAGCGCUCACUCCAUAGUCACCAAGACCCCGGAGCUCAGCCUCUCCGCUGAGGAAACAGGCCUUUCGGAUACCGAGUGUGCUGACCCUUUCGAGGUGAUCCAUCCCGGUGCUUCUAGGCCUGCCGAGGCUGGGCUAGGGAUCCAGGCGACCGCGGAGGAUUUGGAAACUGCGGCUGGAGCGCAAGAUGGACAAAGGACCAGUUCUGGUUCAGACACGGACAUCUACAGCUUCCACUCCGCUACGGAGCAGGAGGAUUUGCUCUCAGACAUCCAGCAGGCAAUACGCCUGCAGCAGCAGCAGCAACAGCAGCAACAGAAGCUGCUGCUCCAGGACUCCGAGGAGCCUGCAGCGCCCCCCACUGCCAUCUCCCCUCAGCCUGGGGCCUUUCUGGGCCUGGACCAGUUCUUGCUGGGACCUAGCAGCGAGGCUGAAAAGGACACAGUACAGGCACUACCGGUGAGACAUGACUUGCCGGAGACCACCAAGUCUCCGGUGCCUGAGCAUCCUCCGUCUUCCGGAAGCCACUUGGCAUCUGAGACACCCGGCUAUGCGACCGCCCCCUCCGCAGUCACAGACUCGCUCUCAUCACCAGCCUUCACCUUUCCUGAGGCUGGGCCAGGGGAGGGCGCCGCCGGAGUUCCCGUGGCUGGAACUGGGGACACAGAUGAGGAGUGCGAGGAGGAUGCUUUUGAGGAUGCCCCCCGCGGCUCUCCUGGGGAGGAAUGGGUCGCACAGGUGGAAGAAACCUCCCAGAGGCUGGAGGAAGAGCCAGAGGAGGGGAUGCGAGAACCCAUUACCUCGGCAGUAGCUUCCUUGCCUGGCAGCCCUGCGCCUAGCCCACGCUGCUUCAAACCUUACCCACUCAUCACCCCCUGCUACAUCAAGACCACCACUAGGCAGCUCAGCUCUCCCAAUCAUUCCCCGUCCCAGUCCCCCAACCAGAGUCCUAGGAUUAAAAAGCGACCGGACCCUUCCGUGAGCCGGAGCCCCAGAACCGCCUUGGCCUCUGCUGCGGCCCCAGCAAAAAAGCACCGGUUGGAAGGUGGCCUCGCGGGCGGCCUCAGCCGCUCAGCCGACUGGACCGAGGAGCUAGGCGUCCGUACGCCAGGGGCAGGAGGCUCGGUGCACCUGCUGGGGCGCGGGGCUACUGCGGAUGACAGUGGUGGUGGGUCCCCUGUGCUAGCCGCCAAGGCACCUGGGGCUCCCGCGACUGCUGAUGGCUUUCAGAACGUGUUCACAGGGCGAACACUGUUGGAGAAGCUGUUUAGCCAGCAGGAAAACGGGCCUCCAGAAGAAGCAGAGAAGUUCUGCUCCCGGAUCAUUGCCAUGGGCCUUCUACUUCCUUUUAGUGACUGCUUCAGGGAACCGUGUAAUCAGAACGCUGGGUCGAGUUCAGCUCCAUUUGAUCAAGAUCAACUUUACACCUGGGCUGCAGUUAGUCAACCCACACAUUCGAUGGAUUACAGCGAAGGGCAGUUUCCCAGGAGAGAACCAUCCAUGUGGCCACCAUCCAAACUUCCUGACGAAGAGCCCAGUCCUAAGGACGUUGACACAGAACCUCAGUCCUCUGUCUUGGAAAGCCCGAAAAAAUGCUCAAACAGUGUCCAGCAGGAAGCUUUCGAUGUGCAGUCUGAAGGACAGGCAACCGUAAUUCAGCAACUGGAACAGACCAUUGAGGAUCUGCGUACAAAAAUAGCUGAGCUAGAAAAGCAAUAUCCAGCCCUGGAUUUGGAGGGACCCAGAGGCCUCUCAGGACUUGAGAAUGGAUUGACAGCCUCCGCAGAUGUCAGUCUAGAUGCUCUUGGAUGGCAUGGGAAGGUUGCACAGCCUCCAAGGACUCUUGAGGCAAAAUCAAUACAGACUUCCCCAACAGAAGAGGGUAGAAUCCUGUCAUUACCACCUCCAAAGGCACUACCUGAGGGUCUUCCAGGGCUCCCUGCAGCUGCAAGUGGAGAGUCAGCUCUUCUAACCUCACCCUCUGGACCUCAGACAAAAUUCUGUUCAGAAAUUUCUCUGAUUGUGUCCCCAAGGAGAAUAUCAGUACAGCUGGAUGCCCAACUAGCCAUGCAGAGUGCAUCACAACUACCACCACCUCCUUCUCUCCUUGGAUCUGAUAGUCAGGGACAGCCCUUCCAAACUUCUCUGCAUACUGAGUUGGAAACCAGCCAUGAACAUUCUGUUUCCUCCUUUGAAAACAACUGUAACGUCCCACCCGCACCACCUCUGCCUUGUACAGAGUCCUCCAGUUUCAUGCCUGGCCUGGGCAUGGCAAUUCCCCCACCUCCCUGUCUCUCUGACAUAUCAGUGCCUGCUCUGCCCAGUCCUACCACCCCAACCCUACAACUUACCAGUCUACAGGGACCAGAAAUGCUGCCAGCCCCUCCCCCACCUCCUCCUCUCCCUGGAGUAGGAAUACCUCCUCCCCCUGGGGUGGGAAUACCCCCUCCUCCUCCUCUUCCUGGGGUGGGAAUACCUCCUCCUCCUCCUCCUCUUCCUGGGGUGGGAAUACCCCCUCCUCCUCCUCUUCCUGGAGUGGGAAUACCCCCACCUCCUCCACUUCCAGGAGUGGGAAUACCCCCUCCCCCUCCUCCACUUCCAGGAGUGGGAAUACCCCCUCCCCCUCCUUUACCUGGAGUGGGCAUACCCCCUCCUCCUGCUCUACCUGGAUUUGCCAUUCCUCCACCACCUCCUCUACCAGGUAUGGGGGUUCCACCUCCAGCCCCACCUCCACCUGGGGCAGGCAUCCCUCCACCCCCACUGUUGCCUGGCUCAGGCCCUCCACCCUCUUCACAAGUUGGGAGCAGCACUUUACCAGCAGCACCUCAAGGGUGUGGAUUUCUUUUUCCUCCAUUGCCAACUGGCUUGUUCGGAUUAGGGAUGAAUCAGGACAGAGUGGCUAGGAAGCAGCCAAUUGAGCCUUGCCGGCCAAUGAAACCUCUCUAUUGGACGAGAAUUCAACUCCAUAGUAAAAGAGACUCCAGCCCUUCGCUUAUUUGGGAGAAGAUUGAAGAGCCAUCUAUAGACUGUCAUGAAUUUGAAGAACUAUUUUCUAAAACUGCAGUAAAGGAAAGAAAGAAACCCAUUUCUGACACAAUUUCAAAGACAAAGGCCAAACAAGUUGUCAAGUUGCUUAGCAACAAAAGAUCACAAGCAGUAGGAAUUCUAAUGUCUAGUCUUCAUUUAGAUAUGAAAGACAUACAACAUGCUGUUGUGAACUUGGAUAACUCUGUGGUGGACCUGGAGACCCUUCAAGCCCUCUAUGAGAAUAGAGCACAGUCAGAUGAACUAGAAAAAAUUGAAAAGCACAGUCGAUCUUCCAAAGACAAGGAAAAUGCCAAGUCUCUGGACAAACCUGAACAGUUCCUGUAUGAGCUUUCACUAAUCCCCAACUUCUCAGAGCGGGUCUUCUGUAUCCUAUUUCAGUCCACAUUUUCAGAGAGCAUUUGCUCAAUUCGUCGCAAGUUGGAAUUGCUACAAAAACUGUGUGAGACCUUAAAAAAUGGCCCAGGAGUCAUGCAGGUCCUGGGUUUGGUUCUAGCCUUUGGGAACUAUAUGAAUGCUGGGAACAAGACCCGGGGACAGGCAGAUGGCUUUGGAUUAGACAUUCUGCCCAAGCUGAAGGAUGUCAAAAGCAGCGACAACAGCAGAAGCCUUUUGUCUUAUAUUGUUUCUUAUUAUCUUCGAAAUUUUGAUGAGGAAGCUGGCAAAGAGCAGUGUGUCUUCCCACUGGCGGAACCACAGGAGUUGUUCCAGGCCUCCCAGAUGAAGUUUGAAGACUUCCAGAAAGACCUCAGGAAACUAAAGAAAGACCUGAAAGCCUGUGAGGUGGAAGCAGGUAAAGUGUACCAGGUGUCCUCUGAAGAGCACAUGCAGCCUUUCAAGGAAAACAUGGAGCAGUUCAUCAGUCAAGCUAAAAUUGACCAAGAGUCACAAGAGACUGCCCUGACAGAGACUCAUAAAUGCUUUUUGGAGACCACAGCCUACUACUUCAUGAAACCAAAGCUUGGAGAGAAGGAGGUGUCCCCAAAUGUUUUCUUCAGUGUCUGGCAUGAAUUCAGCUCUGACUUUAAAGAUGCUUGGAAAAAAGAGAACAAACUGAUUCUGCAAGAGAGAGUCAAGGAAGCUGAGGAACUGUGUAAGCAGAAAAAAGGAAAAUCGCUCUAUAAAGUAAAACCAAGACAUGACUCUGGGAUUAAAGCAAAGAUAAGCAUGAAAACUUAAUCUGUGAUCAGAACAGCAGAAGAAACCAAGACAUUGAAACAACUUGCUCAGCAUCCACCUGACCUGAAGGAGGGGAGGAAGCUCCAUCCUCCUAAUCAUUUUCCUCUGAACCUCUUGCAUAAUCUUCAUGUUUUCUAGACAGUUUGUUGAUUGUUAAAUUUUACUGUAUGUUCCUUUAAGAUGACAAAAGCAGUAGACCUGCCGAGAAUUGGACACCUUCCCUUUUUGUAAACAUUGUGGUGUUGUACCAACAGACCUAAGUGGCACAUCUAAGAGGAACUAUCUGCAUUAAUUCUGAACACGAUGAACCUUAACCUACGGUUUCCUUUUGUGAGAUUCUUUCUUGUUGCAGCAAAAAUAUUUUCCUUUUUACUGAUAACCAGAACUCCAUAUCGAUGUGGUUAGACUUGUGAGUAAACUUUGUUCCUAGUGAAUUCUUUGUAUCUACUUGACUUCUGCUUAUACAGUGUCUAUUUGAGAAGUAAAUACCAUCUUUAUGUCAUGA